AUGUCCCAAUACAAGACCUGCUUCCAAUAUUUCUUCUACAAACCACAAACUUGGAUUGUUGGUACUGCUCUCUUGAGCGUCGGCUCAUACAUUAAUCUUAAGGCCCAGGAAGGACAACAAGGCAAAAAGUUUCAAGACGCUCGUCCCUCUGCUGCUACCUUGGAAUUUGAACGAGUGCAUUUGGCUCGUCCUGGUGAAAAUAAGGAUGUGUGCUUGCAAGUCGAUUGGGCACCAUCUUUCCAUUCUUCAUGGUUGAAGAGAGAGUAA